CAUUUCCAUACUAUUCUUUGUGAAAAUCAUUUAAUUGUUUUUCUUAUCCAUUUGUAUUAUUAUUGUAUUGGAGUUGAGUUCCCUUGAUAUUCCUCGACUCUUGUUAGAGAAAUUAGGUCUAUUUCUUCAGAGUUUGGUGUGGGGCAAGUUGUCUCAAAAUUGAGCCAGCUGUGAAAACAUGCCUGUAUAUAUCAGUGACCCCAUUUUGGUGUACUUAUUGCAUCAGAGUAUUUCUAUCAGCAAUUUUCACUUUGGUGCCCAGCAAUCUACCUUUUUGUAUGUAUUAAAAACAUUUUUUACCCUUUCUAGAUGGUGCGGAAUUACCAAAGGAAAACAGACCGAGCUAAAACUCCAAAGGAAAACAUCGAAGCUGCUGUUCAUGCUAUCAAAGAUGGAAUGAGCAUUCGCAAAGCUGGGCAGUUGAAUGAUGUUAAUUAUCGCACUUUGAGCCGUUAUAUGAAGCUAAUAGGGGAAAAAGAAAGCUUAUCUGAUGUCCACUUUGGAUACAAACAGCCAAAAGUAUUGAAUGAUGCCUUAGAAAGAGAACUUGUUCAAUAUAUCCUAAAGGCAGCUUCAAUUUUUUAUGGCAUCACAAUGCAUGAACUGAGGUUGUUGGCUUUCAAGUUAGCUAUUGCAAAUAAAGUCAAGAAUAUUCCAGAAUCAUGGCUUCGUGACAGAAAGGCUGCACGCACGCAGUGGAAGACAUUGUAA